AUGCCUUCUCUCUCCAAAAUCGCAGCUGUGGCUGCAGGUGCUCUCACCCUCGUCGACGCCAAAGCAUGUCCCCCACUCGGCGCCGUCUUCCCACCACCUCAAGCACCAGGUGAAAGUCCCCUGGUUCAAAAAGCCGCAGCAGCACUCAAAACCGGUCUCGAAGCCAGAAUAGUGUCCCAAUUCAACAACUCUGGUCUUGCUAUCGGUGUCAAGUCAAUUCACGAGGAGGAUCCUUUGUUUACUUACCACUUCACACCGCCUAACCCAGGUGAAGGUUCUGACAAGGUUGAUGAGGAUACUGUUUUUCGCAUUGCUAGUGGUUCAAAGCUGUUCACUGCUUUGGCCGCGCGUGUGAAUGAGAAGAUUGACUUGCAGGCUUCUGUCUUAAAGUAUCUUCCUGAGCUUAACAAGACGGCUGGUGAUGAUGAUAUUCUGUCGCUGAAGUGGGAGGAUAUCACUGUUGGGUCGCUUGCCAGUCACCUCUCAGGUGUUGGUGUUGACAUGGCUCAGGAUCUGGCAAUUGUUGGCGCCAAGCCCUGGGCACCAUUCGGCCUACCUGAUAUUCCCAAGGGCAAAGGUCCCAACUGCUCUGGUCUCCCCGGCACUAUCCCUUGCACCAGAGAAGACCUUCUCGAGCAGGUCAAUCUUCGACCUCCUGUCUACGCCCCCUUCACUAACCCAGUCUACUCCAACGUAGGCCACGCCCUUCUCGGUCUUGUGCUCGAGGCUGCUGAAGACAUGCCUUUUGAGGACAUCAUUAAGCGAGACAUUCUUGAUGUUGUAGGCAUGAAGAGUACCUAUGUCGACAAGACUCCUCCUACAAAGGAUCUUUUCAUUCCUAAGAAGGAACCUACAUGGAACUCUACUCUGGCCGUCUUUGACUCUGCUGGCGGCAUGUUCUCAUCUGUAUCUGAUAUGCUUCUCCUGGCUGAAGUGGGUGGACCUUGGGAGAUUCUCCGAAGCGACAACAUCACCUCUGACGGUCGCCUUAUCGACAUCUACACCAAGAGUGGCGACUUGGGUCUCUACCACUCUCAAACCGUCCUCAUUCCUGACUACGACAUUGUCAUCUCCAUCAUGUCCGGCGGUCUAGAAGCCACUGCAAACCCCUACGUAACAGGCACAAUUCUCAGCGCUAUUAUCCAAAACCUCCUUCCCGCUAUCGAAAAAGUUGGUCGUGAUGAAGCAAAGGAUACUUUUGCUGGAACAUACGAGGACAAGGAGACCAACUCAACCAUUACUUUCGCUCAAGACAGUGGCCCUGGUUUCAAGAUCAAGGACUGGCAAAUGCGCGGCUUUGACGUCCUCAACAAUAUUGGAAACUACAACUUCAACGCCCUCGAGUCAGGUGCCUCUACGAAAACUCCCUACGUCGACGCCCGCAUGUAUCCAAGCAACCUAGCCGGAAAGAAUGAAACAGCCUGGCGCGCCGUUUUCGACAAGACCGACUCCAACACCGACGCCGAGUUUGAGAAGGAUUUGUUCUUCAAGGAUGGUACAUGUCAGACUUGGUUCCAGCAAGAUCGCAUGGUGUACAACUACCUCCCCUUGGACUUGUUUGUUUUUGUUGAGGGUGAGGAUGGUGUUAGUGAGGCUGUCAAGAGUCCUGCUUUUAACAUUACUUUGACAAAGAUCUAG